UUCUUCGAGUAACGCAAGUGCUCUUUUUUUAAGUCUUGGUGCACGAUAGUUGGGGCACACUGUAUAAUUCACCCAGUAACCGAAAUGAGGCCAAGCCGGAUUCACUCAGAAUCACAAUCAACUGUAGGCAUGUGCAGGAGCACCUACACUCGGACUCACACAAAAAGAAAAAAAAAAGAGAGAGGCUGCAGUUUCACCUGAAAGGCGAAGCAGUAUUGGUGAUAUCGAAGUAUACCACAAUUUCACGAAGGAAGAUUACACCACCUAGCGAUGCCAGAUUCUUGGUGGUGGGAGAGGACUCAGGCUGUGAAAAUGAACUGUCUCCUACUAUGAGGUCUUGUAAAUUCGCAAUAAGGCCAUAUAUACACACACACAAAAAGCUGGUCGGGCCUCUGACCCCUCCCCGGAAAAAUGAAAACUUUCCGCCUAUGGUGGCCACACUGUAUUGAUUGGUGAAAAGAGCGUACGGCAGAUGAAGAAGAAGGGAGGAAGGAGCAAGCAAACCAGUCGCGCGUGAACGCCGCGAGCCUUUGUUCAAUUCUAAAACAAUCAGCAAAAAAAGCUCAGUUUGUUGUGCAAUCUACUGAGGGCUGAUCAUAUUGUCCCUUGUGGAAUUCUAACUGCGAGCGAGAUUUUAGACGUAGAAAAGGUGCGUGCAAAAACUUUUGUACAACCAAUGUCCUGUUAAUUGGGCUGAUUAUACAUAUUUAUUUAUUUAUUUAUUUAUUUAUUUAUUUAUUUAUUUAUUUAUUUAUUUAUUUAGUACAUACUGCAGACCACAUUGUGGUCCUUGCAGGACGGGCAGACAUUGAGUGCAAGACAUGUACAAGAUACGUUCGCAUACAUUCAUAAAAUAUAUAGACUUCACAAUGAUAUAUUGCUCACAAACAUUUAGUGAAAAGGAUCAAAAUACAAUACCUAAAUCAAUUAAUGGUGCAAACAGAACGAUGAAAAAAAAAGGCAAGGGAAAUUGCACAUCAAAGGCAAGGGAGUUUGAGAGCCGAGGACCUGCCCCGCUCAUUCAACAGGAAGAAUACAUUCUAUACAGGAAAAAAAAAAGACAACAAAAACUUACAUAAAACACAGUCACAUAUUGUAAGGGGCGGGCAGCGAAUUCCAUUCAGAAAUAGUUCGGGGAAAGAAGGAAAACUUAUAGCUGUCUGUCCUGGCAUAGAUAGGUGUCAGUGUCUCCGGACGAUGGUGUCGUGUAUACCUAGUGGAGAGAUGACUUACAUAUAGUGAAGGGUCCAAAGCCAAUUUGUGAUUAAUUAGAUUAUGUAAAAAGUCUAGCCUGUGUUUUUGUCUUCUUUGUUUAAGCGAAGGGAUAUCGUUAGCCAACAUCAACUCUGACGGGGAAUCCGAACUUUUGAACUUAGAAUAAAUCAAACGGACAGAUUUUCUCUGUAUUCUCUCAAGUUUGUUAACAUUGACAUUGACAUGUGGAGCACUUGUUAGUAUGGAGUGUUCAUCUAAAAAUUCAUUAAUGCGAGUUGCGAUUAUGUGCUCGAAAAGUUUGCAGCACGAUGACGUUAAUGAUAUGGGGCGGUAAUUCUCGAGCAAUAAUCGAUCGCCUUUCUUAAAGACCGGAACAACUCGAGCCAUCUUCCAAUCUUCAGGCACUUUCACGCUUAACAAAGAUGCUCUGAAUAAUACAACUAAGAAUUUGGCAACAGUUUCGGCGUAUCGCCUAAGAAACACAUUCGGAAGGUUGUCAGGACCAGGGGUUGUUUUGGUUAUUAAAUUGAGUAACAUAGACACUAUGCCAUGGUAAAAUAUAAAGCUUGCCUCAUGCUCUUCAAACACUACAGAACUCAAAGGUGGGCCUGACCGUGCACGGGAGAAUACGCUAUGAAAAUACGUGUUAAAAUGUUGUGCGAUGGCAUUCAAGUCGUUAAGAAUGGUUCCAUUAACUGCAAUUUCCGUAAUAGUCUUCUUGCUAUUGCCAAGGUAUCCCCAAAACUUAUCCGGUGCGUUUUUUAUAAAGUUGGGCAAUGUUGUGGAAAAAUAAAAAUUUUUGGAAUCGCGCACGGCGCAUGACAGCUGUUUUUGGAGUUCCGUGAUAUCGACUGUGCGUCGAUGCUUAUAGCUACUAUAUUUAAGUAUAGUAGCUACUACAUUUAAACGAACAGUCUCAAAAGCUAAGGAGGAUUAUGAUUCCAAGCAUUAUACACAUACCUUUCGAAGUCUAGCAAUAAAAAAGCCCCGUUUAAAUUUCUUCGAUCUCGUAAAGUUAUGUCGGUGCCCUUGAAUGUCGACUCUGUUGGUCUAUCAACAAAAGAAUUAUCAGAAUCGCUUGAGAAAAUUGCUCAAGGACUUGCGCGACGUUCAAAGCAUAAAUUGCCGAUAGGACUAAAGAAACCUCCCUAGGUAGACGACUUUGUAACAGUAACAGCGACAGAGCUUGAAAGCAUCAUUACAUCGUUACCGGCGUCAGCCCCAGGUCCAGAUGGCAUUACAACAGGAAUGCUAAAAGUUUUGUUUGAUUAUGCGCCUCAGGACCUGCUAAAUAUCACAAAUUUCUCUCUAAAAAAUUGAUGGGUUUUCCAAGAGAGUGGGAGAGUAGGUAAAGUUAUUCCACUAUUGAAGAAAAAUGCAGCUGGACUUGACAGCUGGACAACAUAAGACCAAUUUCUCUUACUUCCUAUGCCGUCAAGUUAAUAGAAAGGGUUCUUCACGGCCGUAUAACAAAUUUUAUGCAGGAUGAUACCCUUCCCAGUCCUUGUCAGAUUGGGUUUCGUCCCGGCCACUCCGUAUGGUGCGCCCAUGUAGAUUUAGAGAUUAAACUUGCUCACCGCAAACGAGAGUAUACGCAGCUUUGGUGACGCUAGAUUAUGACAAAAGCAUACGACUCUGUAGAAUAUUGUGUGCUGUUCGAUAAGCUUCAGUCUACGAAUUUCCCGAAAUAUAUAACCGCUUGGAUCUAUUAAUUUAUAAGGGAUAGAGAGUUUUAUUGGUAAACCAACACGGUAUUUCGACGUCUAAACACAAGCAGACAGGAAGUGUACCACCGGGUUCCGUUCUUUCCCUUAUAGUUAUUUAACCUUUUGCUAAGAACAAUUCCUUUGUCUCCGGAAGUACAUGUUUAUGUUUAUGCGGACGAUAUCGAAUUUUUCACAUCCUCAAAUAAUAUACAUUCACUACGACAGCCAUUGCAGAAUUACUUCGGAAUGCUGGAGACAUGGCUAUAGACGGGUUAUGUAUGUCGUUAAAUAUGAGCAAAAGUGCGGUAUUAGUAUUCCCAUUAACUGCACAGGUGCAUAUAUCUUUACAAUACCGACAGAAAAUCAUUCCACAAGUUGACGAAGCCAGGGAUACCUUACCGAUGAUUUAUAAAAUGUAUGUUAGGCCCAUAUUAGAAUUCGGCUGCGUAAUAUUUUCCGGUGGUCCCGCCUGCAAAAUUAAACCUCUCAUGCGUUUAGGAAGAGAAGCUCUACGAUCAUGCCUCGGACUACCUAGAUUUCUUGCCAACGCUGUUUUAUAUCAGGAAGCUAAUACACCCACCCUAAAUUGCAGAUUCCGCAUGCUUACGGUUCGGACAUUUUUUUUAAAUUUAUGACUUUUUAAAAAGACGUACGCAAUGUGCAUUAUCACUGAACCGUCUGAGUUUUUUCAAGUAUCGUGGUCGAGAUUCCACCGUACUCAGAUAAUAUUCGUGCAAGCACAGUUACAACAGUUGAAUGUGUCCAUACGCCAAGUUUGUCAUUCAAAUGACGCCUUAACAUGCCUCAAAAUUGAGAACGAGGACAUAAUUUCAAAUCAUGCUAAACUAUUACCAAGGCGAGAUUUAAUUAAUAUCUUACACGGCCACCUACACCAGCCAACCACUGACAAUGUAAUAGCUACUGACGCUUCUGCGUGCAAUGAGAAGGCAGGAGAGGGAAUCUUCUCUGAAUCUCUUCAAUGGUGUUACUCCCUCCGCUUUCCCGACUUCACACCCAUAUUUCAGGCAGAAUUAUUAGAGAGGCAAAAGGAGUACUUUGCUGAAUUUCUAAAAUUAUCAAUAAUUAUCUUACUUACUUACUUGCUUACUUACUUUAUCAACAUUCUUAACAAUAUUUUCAUUACACUUCUCAAUUACAGUUCUAUAGUCCCACGCUCUGCUAUUCAAGUGUAGUUUUGAUUUACUUCUAAGCGCACGGAAAACCGCCUGCUUCUUGGCCGAUCCCCCAUAGUGGGUACGCGCCACUGCUUGGCGAGACACGAGGCCUCGCGAGGGCGCGCGCCGGCUGCGACAGAAGUGGACGGAAGCCAUGGCUGCGGACGCCGCGUCCUUCGUGCUCGGACUGCUGCUGCUCGCCUCCGCAGUGCCGCGGGGCGGCCGGUGCUGCCGCACGGAGCACUUCCCGAUCCCCAGCCAGUGCGGCUCGGAAGGCGGCAUCCCGCUGGGCGGCGCCCACUCGCUGCCCUGGAUGGUGACGGUGCGCGUGGAGGCGAUGACCGACGUCCAGGACCCGGAGGACCUGCUGCCUUGCCCCAGCGUCUUCCAGGCCGCCAGGGGAGACUCCAACGGCUCGUCAGACCGCCGCGCGGGGCCGGACUCCUUCUUCGGCCACCUGGCGCGGGUGGCCGUCACCCACAGGCUGACCUCGACGUGCGCCGGCGCCCUCGUCACCGCGAGGCACGUUCUGACGGCGGCACACUGCCUGUUCGCGUCGCGCUACAAGCCGACGUACCGCGUCUACCUGCGCAAUGGCAGCUCGGCCGCCCACGGGGGGCACGCCUCGCACCGCUCCUACGUGAGCGUGCCGGUGUCGACAGCACUGUGCCACCCGGGAUGUCGGUUCCACGGCACCACGCGGGCCGUCAACGACCUCGCCGUGCUUGUGCUCGCCGAGCCCAUCGACAUUCAGGGCGGCGGCGGCGCGAGUGCCCUGUGCCUGCCCUGGCCCGACGUGCCGGUGUACGGCUCGGUGUUGUGGAUGGCUCGCCACGAAGGCCGUCCCAAGGGGGGCUCGGCCGGGGGAGGAGCGGGCCGCCUGCCCACCGCCCUGACCAGGGAGUCCGUGCAGCUCGUCAACUGCUCGCUGCUCCCGCAAAUGGCCCACGACACCGCCGGGGAGCCCUCGAACGAGCUCUGCGCCGUCAGCAUCGGCGGCCUUCGCGAGGUGGUCGACCCCGGCACUGCGCUCAUGGUGGACACCGUCCAGGGCUGGGUCCUCGUCGGCCUGCUCUCGUGGCUGGACGACGCCCGCGCCGUCUCCAGUGUCGCCGUCUUCACCGAUGUGCGCGCCCUCAUGGCGUGGCUGCUGGAGACAGUCUUCAAGACCUUCUGACGCAAUACAGGCUUUUCAGCCUCGCGUGUUUGUUCUUGCUGAGCAUUGGGCGUGCCGUUAACUGGUGCCUCGAGAUUUUCUCAUUUGCACGGCCGUUUCUUGAGCAAUUCGUAGGGGGUCGAACCUGUGCUCAUUCUGAGCUUGGCCGCAAGUAUAUUCUCUGCGGCAGAUCCCGUGCUUACUAUGGGCACGUCUGCGUUCAGAGAAAAUAAAGAAAAUGUAGAUCACGUU